AUGAUGUCCGCCGACUGCAGCGGCGUCGGGCCGGCGGACCCGUCCUUCGGCGACGGCCUCAACGCCAACGGUGGCGGCGUUUACGCCACGGAGUGGACGAGCGAGCAGAUCAACGCCUGGUUCUUCCCCCGCGCGCCCCGCGGGCGGGCUGGGGCUCCCCGACGGCGCAGUGGGUGGGCGGGGACGGGCGACUGGGCCGCCGGCGUCUGGCCCUACACGACCCAAUGCGCCCCCCUCGCCCCCCCUCCUCACCAGGACUACGUCCACGGAACCACCCCGAGGCCUACGCCGACACAUCAAGCAAUUUACGAUCCGCUCAAUGUACGGAGGCUCGAUCUCGCUUCAUAG